AUGCCAGGAGAUUACAGCACUGAAAACCCCAGCGCCCGAGACCGCGCCGAAGAGGCAGGAGCAGCAAAACUCUGGUCUGUGUAUGCUGAUGAAGCAGAGCGCUACGACAAAUCACUCGUCGCAAGCUGGAAGAGUGAUAUGGAGGGCAUGUUAAUAUUCGCCGGGCUAUUCUCUGCGAGUCUGACUGCGUUCCUCAUUGAGAGUUACAAGACGCUGGUCCAAGAUCCUGGCGAUGCGACUGUUCAACUUUUACAGCAGGUACUAGCGGUGUCCUCCAGCAACUCUACACUUGCACCCCACACUUCCGAACCAUUCAAACCGACCACCUCGUCUCUUGUCUGCAAUGCCUUGUGGUUCAUCAGUUUGGGAUUGAGUCUUUCUUGUGCUCUUGUUGCAACGUUGCUGGAGCAAUGGGCUCGCGAUUUUUUACACCGUGCCAACAUGCGGUCAUCGCCCGGACAACGGGCGAGAAUCUAUUCGUACCUGUACUAUGGCUUGAGACGGUUCAAAAUGCACGCAGUGGUGGAAAUUAUACCAUCCCUGCUUCAUGCUGCGCUGCUCUUCUUCUUCUGCGGCUUGGUUGUCUUUUCUCGUCCCCGUGAACAAAAUCAUCGCAGCCCUGGUCGCCGGCAUCUUGUUCCUCGUUGUCUCCUUCUAUGUGUUGCUCACAAUUCUGCCGUUGAUCCACUCCGAUUCUCCAUAUCGGACGCCAUUUUCAAAUGCAGUCUGGAGAAUGUACCAGUUUUGUUCCCAGUUGUUGCACCAGGCAUCCAACCCUGUGUCAAUCCACAUUGCUGA